CUGUUCAGACACACAGACAAUCUGGCUCCCCUCUCAGCUUUACCAAACGGAUUACUGAACCACCACCCAACCGAGACACUACCCACACCAGCUGCGACUUGCUGCAAUGUGCAAAGGAUUAGCAUCGCUGCCUACCUGCUGCUUGGAAAGGGCCAAGGAGCUGAAAGCAAGACUGGGAAGCAUCAUGCAGAUGCCGAAUUGGAAUCUAUCCAGCUUCAAGAUUGGGCAAAAUAAGCCAUCCCUAGAGGAAUGUCUUCGGUGGAAAGAGUCCUUUGAAAAGCUCCUGUCCAGCAAAUAUGGACUGUGUGCCUUCACAGCUUUCCUGGUAUCCGAGUUCAGCGAGGAGAACAUUGCUUUCUACUUUGCCUGUGAGGAUUACAGGUGUACCAAGUCUCCUGCCAAACUACCAGUCAAAGCACAGAAGAUCUAUGAUGAAUUCAUCGGCAAUGAUGCUCCCCGGGAGAUUAACAUCGACCACGAAACACGCGACCUCACCAAAGCCAACAUGCUGGCACUGUCAUCGUCCUGCUUCGACGUGGCCCAGCACAAGAUCUACAUGCUCAUGGCCAAAGACUGCUACCCACGCUUCCUCCGCUCUCCAGUAUACAGGGAUCUAGUGUGCCAAGCCAGACCAAGCACCAAGGCCACCAAGCAGCAGGAGAAGAAGGCGUGAAAUCUCCCCGCGAGCCAAUGAAGAAUUGUUUGUGGUUCGCCUUAAGGGUUGAGAUGGCAUGACAGGCAUGACAUUAGAUGCUGCAUCAAGAAGCUGAGCGCGGGUGCAGACACAGAGAUUGUCAUGAGAGCAGCCGUGGAUAGGCUUGUUCAGUAACCCCCUCUACAGGAAGAAACAAAAAGGUUUAUAGAAAUGAAAAUGGAGGGGGGGGGGGGGGGGGGCUGAUGCCUCCAGUGGACUUGUGUAUGAAUUAAGAUGAAGCUUGGACAGCAAGUAAAAAGACUGACCAACAUGGAGAGUAGGAGAAGCUAGAAAGCACUUUUCUUUGCCGCCAGGCAACCUUUUGUUGUUGUGAUGUGCAAUGUCCCUUUGUGAAACAAUUACAAGGUCUCAUUUGUGAAGAGGAACAUGUUAUUUAUUUUGUAUUUAUUUGCAUGUCAUGUUUGUUACAUUGUUACCAAACAAAGAUGAAGGAAAAAAUGUGCAAUCUAAUUUAUAAGACUUUAAUAAUAUUUUUACCACUGUUUUCUUUUUGUACAUACCUGAAAAUAAUUAUAAUUAUUUCAAAA